CAAUCAUACAGCCACAUCUGCCGCUCCUCCUAAAAUGUUGGCGCUCAUUGUGACGAAAGGAAGUUACACGUGCAUUCGAAUUUUCUGUGCUGCAAGACUAAAAUACAGUGGCGUUGCACCAUCACGUCCUAGGCGCGGUCAACAUGAGGCAGUAUAAACCCUUUACGCGACCUAUAUAUCCUCGCGAUUGUUCUUGACUCGGAUAAAUCGGUUACCGCCUUACUGCUGCUCAUGUCCAGCCCAAGUGAGAAAACUCGAGUUGUCAGUGGGUGCUCACAGUCAUCUCGGCCACACACCACCCCGAACGAGAGCUUUUUCGACAAGUUUCCAAACAAGUGGGAUGCUCCAAAACCCUUCAUUUCUCGGCAUAUGCUGCUUCGUAUUCACUUGGCGCAGCGAUCUGCACUGGUUGUACGACCUCUUGCGAGAGGGAAACACCUGGGAAGAAUUGCAUCGUCAAUAUCUAACCCAACUUAAUCAAGUGAGCACAGUGCAAGGACUCGUGCUUGCCACUGCGGCAGUUUUUAUCUCCUCAAAUCCACCACUUGUGAACGAUGUUGACUACACAUCUAAGGCAUCUUACGCCUGUUUGGCGGAGUCGCUUGUCUUUUCAUUAUUUGGGCUAUUGUUCCAGCUGAAGGUAUCUGCCGCCGGGAUCCUUUUUCAAAAGCGUAGUGCUGCAGAAAUUAUAAUCGAGAGGCGCUGGAGAAUAUUCUGGCACCUCCUGGGUAUGGCAGUGCCAAUCGUCAUCUUUACUAUAUCAGUGGUGCUUUUGCUCAUAGCUAUUGUGCUCACGGGGUUCACCAUUCUACCACCAUUUUUCGAACCUAUGCUUCCGCCUUGUUCACACGAGUGGUAAAAGACCUCAGGAAGCGGGCGAAUCUUGAGUAUU